AUGGCUGCUCAGCUUGAGGAAGAAAGGCGGGUAACAGCCCUGUGCAAAAGCUUAGGUGAGUUAUGGUUUGAGAAUGAUGUUGUAGAUAUACAAAGCGCUAUCUCAGAAGAUAAACUGAUUGAAUGCCGAAAAACUUUGUUUGGGAAACUAUAUUCCAGACCAAAUGUGCAUUUCCCGUCUUUCGUGAGUACUAUGACCCGUGUGUGGAAAGUAGACAGGGUAAAUUGCUCUCAGCUUGGAACAGGACAUUUUUCAUUUACCUUCCAAUCGGAAGAAGAAAAACAGAGAGUGCUAGAUACAGGGCCAUGGUGCUUCUCCAGUAAUUUACUAGUAUUAAAAGAAUGCGACCCAGAUACCCCGGACAUCUGCUAUGACUUCAACAACUGUGCUUUUUGGGUCCAUUUCUAUGGCUUGCCAUUUGGGAGAGUCAAUAACGAAGUUAUCCGAGAAAUAGCUACUAAAUUGGGGGAAGUUAUAGAGGUGAAAUUGGAAGCGAGAGGCAAUAGCUACUAUAAAAUGGGAAAAGCCAAGGUGAUGCUGAAUCUGAAAAACCCCUUAAAAACGGGAAUACUUGUGAAUUUGGAAAAGAAGAAAGUAUGGGUAGAGUGCAAAUAUGAGCGGUUACCGCACUAUUGUUACUCAUGCGGAAGAAUGGGGCAUUAUGCUACUGCAUGCAAGGAAAUCCCAUAUGAGAAAUCAGGGUUGCCGGAUGACUUACCAGGACGAUAUGGGCAUUGGCUUCGAGCGGAUGUGAAGGAAUUAAGCCCGUAUGGGAAAUUUUUUUAUGGAAAACAAGAAUCGGUCCUCGAAGACACAGAGAGUGUGCUAGAGACUCCUAUGCAUUCUGUUUCAGAGAAUGAGAACCAGCAGCAGGGUCAGCACGCUGCGCUUUCACUGGACCAACAACCGAACAGAGAUCAAUUUGUUAAGGAAAGACUAGAUAGAGGAUUAUGCACUCUCGAGUGGAGAUUAUCCUACCCUGAUGCAGAAAGCACCGCACUACCAGCUAUAGGGUCUGAUCAUAGCCCUAUUCUAAUAUCUUUACAAACGAGGAGAUCAAAGAAAAGGAAAAUUUUUCGCUAUGAAGCAUUCUGGGCAGAAGAUGAAGAAAGCGUCCAGAUAGUUAGAAAGGGCUGGGCUGAAAGGGAAUCUCACGGGCUGAACAUAGCUCAAAAUCUGCAGAAGGUGGCAAAACUAUUGGCACAGUGGAGUAAAAAUAGAUUUCAAAAUGCCAAACGGAGAAUAGAUGAGCUGAAAAGUGAAUUACAAAGCCUCACAAAUGGAACUAAAGCUUAUAAAGAAUGUGAGGCAGCAAAGAGAAUAAAUCAGGAGAUAGAACAGCUAUGGCGGCGAGAGGAGAUGUAUUGGGGGAUGCGGUCAAGGAUUAGCUGGUUAAAAUGGGGAGACAGAAAUACAAAAUUUUUCCAUGCAACAACCAUUCAGAGAAGAAUCAGAAACAUAAUUACCUUACUCAAGGAUGCCAAUGAUGAGUGGGUGCAGGAAGAUCAACCAUUAAAAGAAAUGACAGAAACUUUCUUCAAGAACCUAUAUUUGUCAAUGGGGGCUGCAACUUUCAACUUUGUCAUACAACAAAUUCCAAUCUUAGUAGACGAAAGAAUGAAUCAAAGAUUGGUGAAAUCUGUCACAAUAGAGGAGAUAACAGAGGCAAUGCAACAAUUAAGAGCUAAUAAGGCUCCAGGACCGGAUGGGCUGAAUGGGUUGUUCUACAAAAAUCAUUGGCCAGAUCUAAGUCAGGGGAUUUUUAGUGAAGUUUAG